AUGGCGUCAGUGACUGAGUCUUCCACUCCCGCCGUGACUUCCCUCUCCCAAAACACACUUCCUCCACUGUUGGUGAAGAAGCUAGUACCACAAGCUCAGGCACCAACACGCGGCUCAGCUUUUGCCGCCGGGUACGAUCUCUACGCCGCAAAAGAGACCGUGAUCCCAACCAAGGGCAAGGGCCUCGUAGACACCGGACUUGCCAUUGCCGUGCCCGAUGGAACAUACGGAAGAAUCGCGCCUCGAAGCGGGCUCGCCGCUAAGAAUUUCAUUGAUACCGGUGCCGGGGUGAUCGACGCGGAUUACCGCGGCGAAGUCAAGGUUUUGCUGUUCAAUUUUUCCGAUGUCGAUUUUACCGUAAAGCAAGGGGACAGGGUGGCACAGCUUGUUCUAGAGCGGAUAUAUACCCCGGAUGUGCAAGUUGUUGAGCAACUAGAGGAAAGCGUACGAGGAGCCGGUGGAUUUGGCAGUACCGGCUAA